CCUAAACAAUGGAUUCGACACGCCUGGGUAAAUUUAGGCCCAGUUUGGCAGUUGUCACUGGCCUCUUGCAGCCCUGUACGGACCCAGGAAUAUAUUUCGAAGUGAAACAUCUGUAAAUUCAGUUUGCAAACCCAUCGAACAAAUUACACUGCAACCAUGCCAGAGGAAAAUGUUAAAGUGGCCGUUCGGGUCCGUCCAUUCAAUAAAAGAGAGAGGGCGAGAAAUGCCACUCUCAUUAUUGAUAUGAACGGACCCACCACAAUCAUCACAGAUCCGGAAAGCAAAGAGGAAAAGAAGUUUGCCUUCGACUUCAGCUACUGGUCACACGAUGGGUCCAAAGAAAACGCCGAUGGAUACUACGGUGCCGACACAUCACAUCCCAAUGGCAAAAAGUUUGCUGAUCAAAAAAAAGUCUAUCAAGAUUUGGGUGAAGGAGUCUUGAAGAAUGCUUGGGAAGGGUUCAAUUCUACUCUUUUUGCCUACGGCCAGACAGGCUCAGGGAAAAGUUGGUCCAUCGUAGGGUAUGGAGUUAACAAAGGUGUUGUGCCCCAGUUCUGUGAGAACAUCUUCAAAGGCAUUGAUGGGAAAAAAGCGGAAGGGGACAAGACGGAGUACGAGGUGACUUUCAGCAUGUUGGAGAUCUACAACGAGCAGGUGCGAGACUUGCUGGACCCCCAUGGAGGCAACAAGAAGGGAGGUCUCCGAGUCCGACAGCACCCCAAGAAUGGAUUUUACGCCGAGCACACACCAUCGUGGGUAUCACCUUCCUCCAGAAGUUCCAGAAUGCCGCCGGUGAGGACACCACCAAGUCCGCUGUCAUCAACCUGGUCGACUUGGCCGGCAGUUCCGUUCCGUGACUCUGUCCUGACCAAGCUACUGAAGAAUGCCUUGGGCGGGAACAGCAAAACUAUCAUGAUUGCGGCUGUGAGCCCGGCAGACAUCAACUAUGAGGAGUCCCUGUCUACUCUCAGAUAUGCUGACCGCGCCAAACAGAUCAAGACAAAGGCGACCAUCAACGAGGACCCGACAGAGAAGCUCAUCCGGGAACUGCAGGAGGAGAAUGAAAAACUCAAGGCCAUGCUGGGCGGCAACGUCAAGAUGGAGGUCAUGCAAGACGAUGACGAGGAACUCUCUGACGAAGAGAUGGCGAAACUGAAGGCAGAGAUGGAGGAAGACUACAAUGCUCGCCUGCAGGACAACGAGAAGGAGAUGGAAGAGAUGAAGAAGACAUUUGAGGAGAAGCUCAAGGCUGCACAGAUGAUGGGGGGUGGCGGUGGUGGGGAGAAGCUGGCCGAGAUGAAGAAGACUGUGGCUCACAUGUACAACCUGAACGUGGAUCCCCAGCUCACCGGCCACAUCAUCAACUUCUUCGACACACCAGAGGAGAAGAUUGGCAACGGGAAGGAUGAGGGAGAGACGGAACUGGUGUUGGUGGGGCCGAGGUGAUGAUCCGCGUGAUCAACCUGGAGACGAAGCACGAGUGGGUGUGGCCCAGGGAGAAGUUCCUCAACCGCAAGUUUGUCAUGCAGGAGAUGUACCAGAACUACAUGGACGGAGAGGAGUGGAACCUGCCCAAGGAAAAAGACCCGUUUGACGAAGACUACAACACAGAGUUCCACAUUGGCAGUGUCAAGUUGUGGCUGCAGUCUAUGGCUUACAUGAUUGAGUCCAAGGAGCAGCUGGAGAUCUCUGACUUCAGAGGAGAAGACGUGGGCCUCUUGAACGUGGAGCUGUGCCCGUGCGACCCCAAGGGCAAGGAAUACACGGAGAAGGACGACAAGUUUGUGGAGGAUCCACAGAAGCUGGUUGGUCAAGCGGUCAACUUUGUGCUCAAGAUCACCAGUGCCCGGGGUUUGCCGGCCAGGUUCACUGACGUGUAUGCCAAGUAUCUGGUGUUCAAAGAGGACCAGUUUUCUAACACCAACGUGGUGAAGAACACGUGUAACCCAGACUGGAACCACAAGAGGGUGGUCACCUAUGCCAAGGCCGAUGAUGAGCUGGUCAAGUUCCUGCAGAACAGCGCAGUUAUGAUCCAGAUUUGGGGCAAGCAGAAGCCGCCGAAGGAAAAGAAAAAUGUCAACACCAAGAUGGCCAUCCUGGCAGACGCACGAGCCAAGCAGGGCGUCUCUGCGGCCAACGAUAACGUCAAGAGAUUUGAUGGAGAGAAAAUGAAGUACAUGAUGCAAGUCAACAUGCUGACCAAAAAACAGGAGAAGAUGGAAGCCAAACUGAUGAGGAUACCACUAGUUCCUCCAGCAGCAGCGACGAAGAGAAGAAGAAGAAGAAGCAGGCUGCCCCUCCACCUCCGCCCGCCCCCGCUGCCGAAAAGAAAGACAAAGCAGCAGCGAAACAGGAGGAAGGCCCGGCCAAGCGGGAGCGCAAGGGGUCUGCCUCUUCUUCUUCUUCUUCUUCAUCAGACGAAGAGAGCCCAAGGAAGAACAAAGCUAACGGCAGUGGAAAGGCCAUGAAAUCUCCCAGUGGGAAGAGUGGGAAAAGUGGGAAGAGCGGAAAGAGUGAGAAGAAAUCGUCGACUUGUGUCUUAUUGUAAAUUCGGGAUGGAAAUCGGUCAGAAUUUUUACGACAUUCUGUGUUAUUGUUAUUGUUAUAUUUGAAGAAGAAAAGAAAAGAUGAAAUAAAGAAACAAAACAAAAAAAAAAGAAAGAAUUAAAUUUUCAGAUGACCUAUUCAAGUUCUGAAAUAUAUACUUAGAAGUUAGAGGUAGAGACUCUAUUUAUAGAAUAUCUAUCUAUAGCUUUCUUGGUCUGAUAAAACGUCUUCAUUUUGAUAUAGAUAUAUAAUAAAUUCUUUUAUGCAGUCAACUGUUUCCUUUCAUAAUCAUAUUAUCUGUUACAUUUGGAUUUUUGAGAAUUCACAAACAUUUAAUGUGUCCCAAGAGAUAUUCUAAUCUUUUUUUACUCGGAUGUUGUUUGAGUAAUUUUCGGUUCACCGCAGGAAACUCAUUCUCAUUAAAAAAAAAAAAAUUUUUUAAGAAUAAGAAAACGGUAAAGGUAAGAUGCUUCCCUUUGUCAAAGUAAACCUUGGAUUUUGUGAGUAGUGGAAGCUAUGGGAAUAUGUCAACUAUCCAGUGUAAAACUACGCCAAACGUCACUUUUUAAAAUGUGUCACGACGUGGUGGAAUCAGGCACUCGUCCAUUUUUGGGCAUGUGGAG